AUGUCGACUCCCGAGGCCGGCACGCCUCCUCCGGCGCUGCUGCCGCCGCCGGAAGGCAUCUUCCGGUCGUUUGACGACCUGAUGGCGUCGGUGCAGCGCGUCGCCAAGGACCAGGGCUACGGCAUCGUCAAGCUGCGGGCGAGCAACUACCGCGAGGGCAAGCCGACGCGGUACGACCUGGUGUGCGACCGCGGCGGCGUCAAGUACAGCAGCACGGCGAAGAAGCGCAACCCGUCGACGCGCAAGAUUGACUGCCCGUUCCGCGCCAAGGCCGUCUGCGAGGUGCAGCUCGGCAACCAGUGGCGAUUCGCGCUGCAGGAGCCGCGACAUAACCACGAGCCCCGCGUGCCGUCGAGUACGCCUGGCGCCGAGGCGCCGCCACUGGCCACGUCGCUCCGGUCCUUCACCAACAAGCUCGACCGGCUGAGCCAUGAUAUUGCGCAGGGCUUCGUGCGCAUCGAGGAACGGCUCGAGACUAUUGAGAAGCGCAUUGAGGGCAUCGAGAACCGCGCCGCCAGCUACGAGCCGCGCUUCCAGACGGUAGAGAAUCGUCUCCUGAGUAUAGAAGGGCUGGAAGGAGCACGCAUGGACGGCAUGGGCAUAGACGACCCCGAAUCGCGGCUGCUUGCCUCGGCUGUCAUGUAG